CUCCGUUUGUGCGCGCCAUUCCGCGGAGCCAUGACGAAGACGGACCAGUUCUACGAGGUGGUCUUCCGCCUCGUCAAGGAGGCCGGGGCGAACUGAAAAUCUACCUCCUGGGAUGACUCGCAUGCAUCUGGCUCGAGCGCUCGAUAACGUUAUCGGCUCGGGGAAAAAGGUCCCGAAGAAUCGCUCCUGACGAAACGCUCCCCGGAGAUUUCAACGAGUUAGUCGUUCCAGAGUUUUAGGAAGGUUUCUUUUUCUUUCGAGCAUUAGAUACGCUCAAGAUCUCUCUACCUCGAGCCGCGAGUUAUUUACAUCGUGAAGGACAAGAUCAACCGACCGAAGGACAUCAUGCUGAAGUCCUGCGAGGUCGACCUGGUCACGGAAACCGAUCGCCAGGUGGAGAAACUCCUGAUCGACGGGAUUUCCGCGGAGUUUCCGGACCACAAGUUCAUCGGCGAGGAGACUACCGACACGAACGUCAAGGUGAAGCUCACCGACUCGCCAACCUGGAUCAUCGAUCCGAUCGACGGGACGAUGAACUUCGUGCACGGGCUGCCGCACACCUGCAUCUCGAUCGCGCUUAUGAUAAAUAAGAUAACGGAGAUCGGGAUCGUCUACAACCCGAUUUUGGAGCAGCUCUUCACGGCACGCAGAGGCCAAGGGGCCUUCUUGAACGGAGCCCCGAUCCGGGUGUCCGACACCAAAGAGCUCUGCGAAGCCUUGCUGAUGAUCGAGGUGGGCACUUGCAGGGACCCGGAGAAGAUGAAGGUCGUCAUGGAGAACAUGCACAUAUGUGCGCCCCGGGUUCACGGGACGAGAUCCCUAGGAUCGGCGGCCCUGAACAUGUGCAUGGUGGCCAUGGGAGGUGCGGACGCCAACUUCGAGUUCGGCAUCCACAUAUGGGACAUCGCGGCCGGCGACAUCAUCGUCCGGGAGGCCGGCGGUGUGUGCAUCGACCCUGCAGGCGGAGUCCUGGACCCCCUAGGAAGGCGAGUCCUGUGUGCCUCGACGGUGGAAUUAGCGCAGACGAUCGCCAAAAUCCUGAUGCAGUAUUAUCCAGAGCGCGACUGAUGCGCCACCACGAUCCGUACGGCAAGGAUCCACCCGAUCUCGACCGCCCUUCGACUCCUAGUAGCUGAACGUUAACGCCAGAAGCCAAGACUACCGAGGAACCGACGUCCGAGAUCGGUUCCCGGUGCCCGUCCGCCGAGCAAGUACCUGGACAGAUCCAUCCGACUCAGACCUCGUAUCCCAUCGAGGAAAAAAGAACCGACACCUCGCGAGGUGAACCGGCGCCCUUAACCUGGAGGACACUCCAGGAAGCCGAGUCCUCCCCGCCCCUCCGAGUGGUUCCCACGACUCCACCCAACACGGAUAACCAGAGAAAAACGUAUCAACUGUAUUUUAUUGUAAAACAGAGUUCAACUAACAAUAAAGUGUUCGCUCGA